AAUCAAAAUCAGAAUCAAAUCCAUGCUGGCAGAAAUAAUGACCGGAUGGCAUCCCCGCGUCUCCUCGCAGAACGAAAUCCUACGCGUUUCGAGGCCUUCGAUCUUCACCUAAAAAGACUGGCAAAGCCUCUUGGCCCGUGCACAUAUACUCACUCCCUGCUGCUGCCUCACGAGCUGAACACUCGAUCCCAUACACACACGGUAGACGGUACUACUGCGUGCUAAACGAAAAGACCAAACAAACAAAGACCGGCCUGCUGGCCUGCAGCAUCGUCGUCGAUCGUCACGGGUCACGCCAUGGAGCUCGCACUGCCCCACAACCUCGUUCUUGUCCUGCUCCUCGCCUGCGGCGCCGGCAUUGCACCGCCCGCGGCAGCAGCAGCAAGCGGCGGCGGGAGGUGGGACAUACUGCAGCACAGCAUCGGCGUGUCGGCGAUGCACAUGCAGCUGCUGCGGAACGACCGCGUGAUCAUCUUCGACCGCACCGACUUCGGCCCGUCCAACCUCUCCCUCCCCGACGGCCGCUGCCGCCGCAACCCGCACGAGCGCGUGCUCCCCGUGGACUGCACCGCGCACUCCGCCGAGUACGACGUGCGCACCAACGCCUUCCGCCCGCUCUCCGUCUUCACCGACACGUGGUGCUCCUCCGGCACCGUGUCCCCCGACGGCACGCUCGUCCAGACCGGCGGCUGGAACGACGGAUACCGCAACGCCCGGACCAUGGCCCCCUGCGUCGACGGCACCUGCGACUGGAACGAGACGCAGGACGCGCUCGCCGCGAACCGCUGGUACGCCACCAACCAGAUCCUCCCCGACGGCCGCGCCUUCAUCGUCGGCGGCCGCAGGCAGUUCAGCUACGAGUUCUACCCGAAGCAGGCGGACCACCCUUCCGACGCCAUCGCAUUGCCCUUCUUGGUCCAAACCAAGGACCCCGAGGAGAACAAUCUGUACCCGUUCGUCCAUCUCAACAUCGACGGCAACCUCUUCAUCUUCGCCAAGAACCGCGCCGUGCUUCUCGACUAUAAAAGGAACAAGAUCGUCCGGACGUACCCCGAGCUGGCCGGCGGCGACCCGAGGAACUACCCCAGCUCGGGCUCAUCCGUGCUGCUGCCGCUGAAGCCGUCGCCCACGGAGGCCGAGGUGCUGGUCUGCGGCGGCGCGCCCGCCGGCUCCUACAACGCCACCAAGGACAAGAGCUUCCCCCCGGCGCUGACGACGUGCGGGCGGAUCAGGAUCACGGACGCCGCCCCGUCGUGGACCAUCGAGACGAUGCCGUCGCCGCGGGUGAUGGGGGACAUGAUCCUGCUGCCCAACGGCGCCGAGGUGGCCAUCAUCAACGGCGCCACGGACGGCAGCGCCGGGUGGGAGUCCGCCAACACGCCUGCCUACGCGCCGCUCAUUUACCGGCCCGACCACGCGCCGGGGGACCGGUUCGAGGAGCAGAGCGCGAGCGGCAUCGCGCGGCUGUACCACUCGUCGGCCGUCCUCCUCCGCGACGGCCGCGUGCUCGUGGGCGGGAGCAACCCGCACGUGUACUACAACUUCAGCAACGUGCGGUACCCGACCGAGCUCAGCCUCGAGGCCUUCUCGCCCGAGUACCUCGACCGUACCAACGACGUGCUCCGUCCCGCGAUCACGGACCCCUCGCCCACCGGCGCGCCCGCGAGCGUCACCUACGGGGGUUCGAUGACGCUGCAGUUCUCUGUUCCGGCGGCGCCAGCGCCAUCGUCGAGGAGAGCGCACGGCGGCGGCGGCGGCGGCGGCCUCGGCUUCGUGUCCGUCACGAUGGUCGCGCCGUCGUUCACGACGCACUCCUUCGGAAUGAACCAGAGGCUGCUGUUCCUCGACGUGCUGGAAACGGCAGCGUCGUCGUCGACUCCGGGCGCCUACGAGGUGUCCGUGGUGAUGCCGGCGACGGCGGUCAUCGCGCCGCCGGGCUACUACUUGGUGUUCGUCGUGAACGGGCACAUCCCGAGCGAGGGGAUCUGGGUCCACAUUGACUCAUAGAGCCAUCAUGCAUGCAUGUUGAUGUUGUAUAGCAUAGCUGCAAACGGUUGUUUUGUUCUGUUGUUUCUAGUAGUACUCCUACUAUAUUUUGUCAUCACACAUGCAGCAGCCAGCAGGUGAAGAAAUGCUACCGUACCACGGUUGUUGUUCUACGUGCUGCCCUACCCGACGUGACAUCAGACAGGAUAGAAAAAGAGUGGAGAAUGUGUACCAGUAGUGUCAAUGUUUUUUUCUAACAAAAAAAAACACACGAAUGCAUAUGCAUUCACCUAUUA